AUGUCUAAAUCAAGGCCUGCUAUCGAGCAAGUUGUUAAAUUAAUUGUAGGCGCCGGUCAGGCAACUCCUGGCCCCCCCGUUGGUCAGGCGUUGGGGAGCAAAGGAGUCAAGUCCAUGGACUUUUGCAAGGAGUUCAAUGCGCGAACUGCCAACUACGUGCUCGGAACUCCCAUGCCCGUCCGGGUAACUGUCCGACCCGACCGGAGCUUCCAUUUCGAGAUUCGUACACCUGCGACCUCCUACCUCCUACUCAAAGCCUCGGGUGUUGAGCUGAGUAAAGGUAAGCUCAAAGGGAAGGGAGGCAAUGAAAUUGUAGGCUCUAUCAGCCUUAAGCAUGUGUAUGAGAUAGCAAAAAUCAAGCAAAGCGAGUUACGACUCAGUGGACUAAGUCUCGAAGGCAUAUGUCGAUGUGUAAUCGGGCAGGCUAAGUCUGUUGGAGUAGAAAUCAAACAUUGA